ACCACCACCACAGCCGCUCCAACCACACCGGCUCCUGUGGACGGGGGAGACAUCAACCUGGCAGACAUGGAUACUAAGGCGGAGUGGCCAUGCAUCGAUGACACAGAGUGCGAAUUCUUGGGGGGCAUGGCCACAGAGCCACCCGACGGCUGGGUGAACACUGUAAAAGCCACGUGCCACACCGGGCAAGGGCGCUGCGUCUUCCCGGCGGUCGCCUCCGACGAUUCAGGGGCCUCCAGAAUCGAGAUGUGGAGGAGCGCCGGACACUUCGUGUUCUCGAGCCAAGACUUCAUUAACCCGCCCACCAUCCCUGCCGACGAGUACAACGCGGGAUCCGACCAGCCGGCGGAGGAGUGGAAAUACGACUGUAGCUCCCACGACAGCAAGAGCUCCGUCAUGACCGGAAUGCUCGGCAUUACCCGAGAUGACGCCAUCGGAAAGAACAUUCCGCAGGACAUGGACCUGAUUCUCUGCACCCGCUUUCUCACCACCCACCUCCAGGUUGACCCUACCGACGGUCAUGUACUGGACAUAUCUACCGCGAGCGAGGCCGGCUUCCAGUGCAACACCGGCUACGUGCUGACCGGCGUGUACGACACGGCCCGAGACUUCCAAGAGCCGAAGAAGGCCAAGUGUUCCCGGCUGGUGCAGGGUACGGUGCAGAACACGUGCACGCCCACGUCACGCCACGGCUCCUCCAACCCGGACAUCUACUGGAACGCCUGCGACCAGACGGCCGGCCCGGCGGUGGUGGUGGGUCUGAAGCUGACUCAGAUGGCCGGCACCACCAGCCGCGAGUGGACGCUGCGCUGCUGCCGCGUCUCCGGCCCCGCCACAUCCGUCGCCGUGCUCGGGUCGUAGACGUGACGGCAGCGUGACCUGGUCUUGACACAGACGUGGGCGUGACGUCGUUGCGGCGCAGAUACAGCACAGGAGCAGCGGAGGUAGACUUAGUCGACCUAGCUGUAGCGUCGCUCUCGGCAUUGCCCUGCCGUCCUCUCGUUGGCAUGCGUGCCCAGCUAUGAGAGGGAACGUCAUGCUGUUUACCAGCACGCCUUUCACCCGGUUGAUUUACCGAGCACUUACUGGAGCAGGUCUCGUUAAUUUGCAUUUGCAUGUCUUUUCUGCGACAGCAACCAUAAGACUACAAAAAGUUGGUGCUCCGAGCAGUUUGCGUUGUGCGUGAAAUUUGUGUUUUUAAAGUUGGGUCGAGUUUCAAGGAGCUGCAGAUGUGAAGCCAACAAUGUUGCUGUGCUAAUUUGAUAAUUUGAUAUAGAUAGAAAUGCUCGUAUUUGACUAAACCAGCAGCAAUGUAAAUACAGAUUUGCAGGCAGCAUGAAAAGUGAUCUCACGGCUUUUAUGACUUGCUUAUUUCAUGCAUUGUUCAUAACUUAUGUUCUCGAAGAUUUGAUAAACAUACAAGUAAAUGUUGUGUUGAACGAGUGAUGUGAAUA